UAAUAAAAAUUAUGAAAUUGUAAAAUUGAAAAAUUAAAGAAAUUUACUAAAUUUACUGUGAACUCAACAUUGUAGAACCGAAGAAGUCAAAUCAAAAGUUUUUCAUUUUGUAAUGAAAAUAUUUAGUUUAUCAAAAUUUUUUCUGAAUAUAUGCAUAGAUUUUUUUAUAAGCUUUUGUGAAAUCUCCGAAAACUAUAUUUAUAGAACACAGCAAAGUUUAAGAACAUUUCGUAGAAUAUUGAAGACAAUAAUGGAUGAGGAUAACGAGCUAGUUCAAGGACUCGUUCGUCAGCGCGUCAUCGAUGAUAUUGACCCCGACCAACCAAUAAUAGUGGAAGAUGUUAAUAUGGAUGAUGAGAUUUAUUCUAGCGCCGAAGAGGUUGACUGGACUUCGUCCAACUCAUCCGAUAGUGAUGAUUCAAUGAGGGGGGCCAUGUUGCCAUUGCGUUCACUUCAAGGCCUCGCACAGUAUAAUACAUCUCGUCCAAAAAAAAUGUACACCUUUCAACCAUAUCGUCUCACAAAGCGUUACUUCAGAAAUCGUAAUGCAAUGGGUGGUUAUCCAUUAGCGAGGAGUGGUCACCGUGUUAUCGCUUCAGAAUCAAAUCUAUACUCAUUGGGUGGUUAUAAUCCACGCACGGCUAACUCAGCCAGGAGACGUGGUCGUUGUCUGCUGUUUCAAGAACUUUGGGCUUAUAAUUUUGCUGCCAAUAAAUGGAGUCUCGUACUAGACGCACGCACCACUUCAGGCAUGCCUACCGAGUUGGCUUCAAAUGCUUUGACCAUAUACAAAAAUGUAUUAAUUAGUCAUGGUGGUACGGGAUUUCCAUUUGGCGAAUAUUGUUCUAAUGAUUGUUAUUUUUAUUCUACGGGACAAAAAUCUAUUGUUACCAAAUUACAAGUGACAGGCGAUUUACCUUUAGCUCAAUAUGGACCAGCAAUUGUUAUACAUAACGAUUAUUUAUAUACAAUUGGAGGAACGACUGGUUUUGAUUAUUCCUGUGAUAUUUAUCGACUCCAUUUAAUAAAACGAGUUUGGGAAAAUGUGUAUAUCAGUCGCCCAGAAAUGCGUGACGAUCCUGAGGGACGCUAUCGACAUGAAGUAGUUUAUGAUGGAAAACAUAUAUACGUUUUAGGUGGUGGCACAUCACAAUUGGUGUAUGAUUUGGAAAGAAUACCUGCAUUUAAUCUAAAAACGAAUCGUUGGGAAUAUUAUGAUACGUUACCAGAUCCAACGCUUGUAAAUAACACAGAUCCAAGAUCAGGAUAUCCUAAACCAAGAAAAUGUUUUGCGUGCGUUCAGCAUACGUUAAGUAAUGGAGAUGUAGAGGCUUUUAUAUCCGGUGGAUUACAGGGUGACUCCAGAACAUAUUUUGCUGAUAUCUGGAAAAUAAAUAUAACCACAAAGCAAUGGUAUCUAAUACGUACUGCACGUUUACCAAGACCAAUAUAUUUCCACUCAGCUGCAAAUUCUGGUAAUGGUUGCAUGUAUAUAUUUGGUGGAAUAGAGUGUGGUGAGAAGGAUAUGCGACGUCGCAAUGAUCUUUAUAAAAUGUGGAUGACUAUACCAAAACUCUCCGAAAUGUGCUGGGAUGCUAUAACAUAUUAUAACGAAGACCUUGACGUAUAUAAUCGCGAAAUUUUACUAGAUGCAGGCAUACCAGAUCGUUUCGUUAAUAGAGUACCACUGCGUAUACGCAAGAAACCACGCUCUGAAAUCAACGAAACGCGUUUAGAUAGUUCUUUCGAAAAUUUACCAAAAAGGCAGCGUUCCCGAACUCAAUGAAGACCAGCUUAGUCUUAUAAUGAUAACGAGAUUCAUAUAAUGUUGUAUAUUCAUAAGUGAAACAUAAUUCAUAAUUUAAAAGGAUUCAUUGUUGAUAUUCAAUACUUCGAAUGGAGAUUAUCGGUGGUAAAGAAAAGAAUUUAUUUUUAUAGCUCAAUUUAUUAUAAAAAAACAAUUGCAUAAAUUCGCACCAUAAUAUAUUUAUAUAAAAGUAUGUGCGUAUAUAUCUUUACACGUCCAUGUGCUGCUCGAUUACUUUAAUAAAAUACGCAUAAUAUUCGCUUAAAGUUAAAAUCUAAGAUAUUCAAAAUCCAUUAGUAUUCGAUGGAACUAUAUUUAUAUAUAUUUUGUUUAAUUUAUUGCAGCGAUAUUUAUUAUAAA